UUUCAUAGAGUUAUAGUCCACAUCUCAAUAUGAAUACCAGUAUGGCAGAACUUCUCCCCAUAUAUAAAUAUUUUAUGAGAUCCGGAAAUAUUACAUUUUUGCAAAAUUUGUCAUGUUUACUCUGAAUUCAAGUUUAAAAAUAACAAAAUUUGGAGUAUGAUAGAUUUGGGUCGCUGUCGUUGGCAAAUCAUAGCCACAUUGGAGAUGGGAAUUAUGAUGCUCGCACAUGGGAUGGCCCUUGGAUGGUUGUCUGCGAUGUACCUUUACCUCUCCUCCGACAACACACCUCUAGACGAAAAACUCACCGUCUACCAGGCCUCAUGGACUGGCAGUUUAAUUGCAAUCGGCGGAUUAUUCGGCAACGUAUCCAUAGGAAUUCCUCUGUAUUAUUUGGGACGCAAGCCCAUUAUGUAUUUUUUAGCUUUUCCAAAUGCUAUCCAUUGGAUUCUUAUUUACUUUGGAACAAAUGUAAUAUACCUUUACGUGGCUCGGUUCUUUGCGGGAGUGUCCGGAGGCUGCGUUCUUUCAGUAUUUCCAGUAUUUAUAUCUGAAAUUGCUGACUCUAACAUCCGCGGGGCUCUAACGUCAACGAUCGUUUGUGCUACAUCUACUGGAAUUCUGCUUGGGUAUAUUUUGGGAUAUUUCCUAGACUACAAAGUGCUUCCUUGCGUAAUUCUACUACUACCAACAAUAUAUUUAAUAUCAAUAACAUUUCUACCAGAAACGCCAUUUUUUUUGCUAAAAGCCGGUAAGACGGAAAAGGCUGAAAAGUCCUUUUACUUUUACAAGCAUCUGCCUCACGAAGACUCUGAAUCUAAGAAACAAUUCAAAGAAUUUGAGGAAAGACUUUCUAACGAAGGCACGGUCGACAUAGUGACUAUUAAUGACUACUGCAACAAGGAAGCUUGGAAAGCAUACGGCCUGAUAUUUGUGCUUUUGUGCACCCACCAAAUGUCGGGAAACUUUGCUAUUGUAACUUAUGCCACCACUAUUUUUCGUCAUCUUAACAACGAUUUUGAAGUAAAUCUAAGUGCCAUUGGACUCGGGGUGGCUCAACUGCUGGGCAUGAUUAGCGCCAUUUUUCUGGUGGAUCGAGUGGGUCGUCGCAUCCUUCUCCUAAGCUCCAUGGGCGGAAUGGCUGGAGGAGAGCUGACCAUUGCCGGACUAAAGUACUUUGCUUCCAAGCAAUUUCUGAAGGAGUAUGGAUGGUUCGGACUGGCCACAAUGUGCUUUAUAAUCUUUGUCGCUGGCAUGGGCGUGGGAUCUUUGACAUUCUUGGUUGUCGUUGAGCUCUUGCCAAACAAGAUAAUUUCGAUUGGCUGUUCAACGUCCAUGUGCCUGCUCAGUAUCCUUGCAUUUACUGCUCUGAAGAUAUAUCCAAUAAUGAUGGCGGAACAUGGUUUGGGGCCCACUAUGAUUAUGUCGGCGUCGGUGUGUGUUGUAGCUUUAAUAAUAUUGGGAAUAUUUUUACCAGAGACCAAAAACAAACAAUUGGCAUAAAGG